CCGCCCCGCCCCCCCGCGCGGGCGGCACGAAAACCCGGAGCGCGGGAGCGCGGCUCGGCCGGGCCGGGCGGCCGCACUGGGCAUGCUCAGUAGCCGGGGCAGGUUUUUCGGUCGCAAGUAGGAAGCUUUUUGCACUACACCGGAGAGGGGGAGCCGCGGAGCCAGCGCGCCGCCGUGCACCGCCGCCGCGCCCGCCCCAGCCCGGCCCGGCCCCGCGGCGGCGCGAUGAGCCUGAGCCCGAGCCGGCCCGCCGGGGAGUGAGCGCGGCGCGGAGGGCGCGUUGCGCAGCUGCUCCUGCGCACAACCCGGCCGGCGGCCCGCACCGGCAGGAGUGAGCGCCGGUCCGCGCCCGACCGGCGCCGGAGCCGAGCGGAGCAGGAAGCGCAGGCCACGCAGGGACCCAACUGAAACAAAGUGUCGGCCGCCGGCUGCGCGGCGUCUCGCCGGCCCUGCCCCGCGCCCCCCGCUCCACCGCCCACCAUGGCCUCCGAGGAGCUGUACGAGGUUGAAAGAAUCGUUGACAAAAGGAAGAACAAAAAAGGGAAGACGGAAUAUUUGGUCCGGUGGAAGGGCUACGACAGCGAGGACGACACCUGGGAACCGGAGCAGCACCUGGUAAACUGCGAGGAGUACAUCCACGACUUCAACAGGCGCCACACCGAGAAGCAGCGGGAGGGCCCCUUCACCAGGGCCAACCGGGCCUCCCCGAACAACGCUAGGAAGCAGAUUUCCAGGUCCACCAACAGCAGCUUUUCCAAGGCCUCUCCUAAAUCGCUAGUGGUCGGCAAAGAGCACGAGCCCAAGGCCAGCCCGCUGUUUGCCGCCAGCCAGAAGUUCAGGAAGAACCCGGCCCCGUCGCUCUCGAACCGGAAGAACAUGGACCUGGCCAAGUCAGGUAUAAAGAUCCUCGUGCCCAAGAGUCCCAUCAAGAGCAGGACCGCGGUGGACGGCUUUCAGAGCGAGAGCCCCGAGAAGCUGGACCCCGUCGAGCAGGGGCAGGAGGACACGGUGGCGCCGGAGGUGGCGGCCGAAAAGCCGGUCGGAGCCCUGCUGGGCCCCGGAGCCGAGCGGGCGCGGAUGGGGAGCCGGCCCCGGAUACACCCGCUGGUGCCGCAGGUGUCCAGCCCCGUGACCGCGGCCAUGGCCACAGGGCUGGCCGUGAACGGGAAAGGUUCCUCUCCAUUCAUGGAUGCGCUGACGGCCAACGGGACGACCAACCUGCAGACGUCAGUCACGGGCGUGACGGCCGGGAAGAGGAAAUUCAUCGAUGACAGACGAGACCAGCCCUUCGACAAGCGGCUGCGUUUCAGCGUGAGGCAGACGGAAAGCGCCUACAGGUACAGGGAUAUCGUCGUCCGGAAGCAGGACGGCUUCACCCACAUCCUGCUGUCCACGAAGUCGUCCGAGAACAACUCUCUCAACCCAGAGGUGAUGAAGGAAGUGCAGAGCGCCCUGAGCACGGCCGCCGCCGACGACAGCAAGCUGGUGCUCUUCAGCGCCGUGGGCAGCGUCUUCUGCUGCGGCCUUGACUUCAUCUACUUCAUCCGGCGCCUGACGGACGACCGGAAGAGAGAGAGCACGAAGAUGGCUGAGGCCAUCAGAAACUUCGUGAAUACUUUCAUUCAGUUUAAGAAGCCCAUUAUUGUAGCCGUAAACGGCCCAGCCAUUGGGCUAGGAGCGUCCAUCCUGCCUCUCUGUGACGUGGUUUGGGCCAAUGAGAAGGCUUGGUUCCAAACACCCUACACUACCUUCGGACAGAGUCCAGAUGGCUGUUCCACUGUGAUGUUUCCCAGGAUUAUGGGAGGAGCAUCUGCGAACGAAAUGCUGCUCAGCGGACGGAAGCUGACGGCGCAGGAGGCGUGUGGCAAAGGCCUGGUCUCCCAGGUGUUCUGGCCCGGGACCUUCACCCAGGAAGUCAUGGUCCGCAUUAAGGAGCUCGCCUCCUGUAACCCGGUCGUGCUCGAGGAAUCCAAGGCCCUGGUGCGCUGCAACAUGAAGCUGGAGCUGGAGCAGGCCAACGAGCGGGAGUGCGAGGUGCUGAAGAAGAUCUGGGGCUCGGCCCAGGGCAUGGACUCCAUGCUCAAGUACCUGCAGAGGAAGAUCGACGAGUUCUGACGGCCGGGCUGCCCCAGACGACCCUGGAGUCGCAUCGCGCAGGCCGGCUGGGGCUCCCCGGGGCACGGACCCACCCUCACAGCCUGAAACAGGUUCACGUGGAGCUCACGCUUGGGAGCAGGACUUGAAACAGCCAAGCUAUUUAUUACCAAGGAGUUUUUAAGUACUGUAACUUUAAAAUAAAUAACUACAAAGCUCCUUUGUCCAAACGUCAUUAUUUUAUACUUAAUACACACACAAGUAUAAAAGUAUAAAUUGUGAGCUCUGGGCUGCUCUUUGAGGCUCUACUUUUUGUUAUCUUUGGCUAGUACUGUAUAAAAAAGAAGUGUGUUUUCCUGGUUUGGGUGUCAGAAAAGUCUGGAAUAUUGUUUGUUUUCCUUGUUUUUUUCCUUCUAGAAAACAGAAUCUGAAGAGGUGUUAGCCCGCCUCACCCCCACCUCACCCCACCCCAAAUAGAAAUACGGAAAGAUCUGAGGCAUGCCCUUGUCUCCAGGAAGGUACAAAACCUCAGAGAUGGAAAAUUCUCAAUCAAAAGGAAGACUUAUCCUAAAAGAAUAAGUAUUUCUGAUUAAACACCCACUGCUGAAUAAUACCCCCAGACUAAAACACGCCUAGGAUUCACGCUGAGAAAUCAGUUAAUUCUGCUCUCUUUCUUAAAUAUGUCCGAUUCUUACCCAGUUAACAAAGAAACCACUCUCUCUCUAGGGGAAAGCUUAUGUUGCAGUGUUAGCGAAUCACUGAAUAGCUAAGUAUGAUCUAAGUUAUAGGGGUUUAUAAUUAAUUUUUCUGACCCAUUUGAAAAAAUAACUGUGUAAGCGCUUCUUGUUACUGGGUGAGAACUCCUUUAUAUACAGUUUUGGUUUUCUAUUUGCAGAUAUGAUUGAUGUAUUACACCAAAAAUAAAGUAUUUUUAUGUUUAUAAAGUGUAAUUUUUAGGUUCACUUAGAAUAUAUUUUAUUUAAUAAGUUAAAAUUCUUUUGGCACACUAUUAAAUGCAGAAACUCCUUUUUAAGAGAAAGAACUACCUUAUAUCGACGUUUAAUGUUCUUGGUCUCUGCUUUCAUGUCUACACAAUAUACCAAGUACAGGAUGCUGUCCAAGAGUGCCCUGUGUAAAUAGACGUCCGCAUUCCCGCCAGGAGUGAGGACUGAUUCCUGAUUCCAGACGCCUAUCACUCGGUAGGCUUCUGAGCUUGCAAUCAUAUUGAAUGUAUGAAGAAUGAAAUAAAAUCAAAACCUUAUUUUUGUACAGUUUUGAAGUUUAUACUUAGAACCGACCACCUCCCGGCCUCGUGGAGAGCUGUACAGCGUGUAAAUCUGCCUUUACCAUGGAUUGGCUGGUGCAGUAUUUUUGCAUCUGUGGGACCUACUUUUUUCGUUCAGUAGUUUGAACUAUAUAUAAACUGUACAAUCUGUAAAGUUUUUAUAGAAUAAAUAUUCAGCUGUGAAAACUGGUUAAAUAAAACUAAUAUUUCUUAACACA